AUGCUAAUCGUCCAGGAUCUCAAGACAGGAAAGCAGACGUGGCACUCGACCAAGUAUCGAUUCACAGACUCCCCCAACAAGCCCCGUCGGUUGCGCCCAGGGCUCAUCGUCAUGAAGUUCGGCGAACAACUCCGCUCCAGCAUCAUCCGCGAAUACCAAUGGUACUACAUCGACUAUGACGGCCUCAAGGCCGACCUGAAGCACCCCAGCGGUCCCAAUGGCGAGUGGACAGAGGAGGAUGAGAAACGCUUCGUCAGCAAGCUCGAGGCUGAGCUCGACAAGGUCCAUACCAAGCAGCAGGUCAAGGCCAUGGAGAUCUCGAGGAGGAUAGCCGUCAGCGAGCGCGAAGUCAAAGAUGUCGUCAACCGUCUGCAGGAACGGGGGCUGAACGAAGAAGGGCCGACCGAGGAGGAGUUCAUGCUGCUGGAGGAGGAUCUAAGCGACAUCAUUGCCGAGGUCCACGACCUUGCCAAGUUCGUCCAGGUCAACUACACUGGCUUCUACAAGAUCAUCAAGAAGCACGACAAGAUGACGGGAUGGCGCUUGAAGCCCGUCUUUGACGCACGUCUCAAGGCCAAGCCAUUCUACAAGGAGAACUACGACGCGGCCGUCGUGAAGCUGUCCAAGCUGUACGAUCUGGUCCGGACAAGAGGUAACCCCGUCAAGGGCGACAGUUCUGCCGGCGGAAGCCAAGGCAGCUUUGUCCGACACACCACCAAAUACUGGGUGCACCCCGACAACGUCACCGAGCUCAAGCUGAUCAUCCUCAAGCAUCUGCCUGUUCUGGUCUUCAACCCGAGCAAAGAGUUUGAGGAAGCCGACUCGGCCAUCUCAUCCAUCUACUACGACAACCCAGAGACAUUUGAGCUUUACGAGGGUCGGUUGAAGAAGACAGAAGGUGCCGAGGCCAUUCGUCUGCGAUGGUACGGCGGCAUGCAAACCGAGACCAUCUUCGUUGAACGCAAAACCCACAGAGAAGAUUGGACGGGCGAAAAGUCCGUCAAGGCUCGUUUCGCCCUGAAGGAAAAGCUGGUCAACCCCUAUCUGCGCGGCGAGCUCCUCCCCUCGGCCAUCUUCGAAAAGGCGCGUAAGGAAGGAAAGAAGUCCGAAAAGGCCAUUGCCGAAGACGAGCGCCUCGCUGCCGAGAUCCAGUACUCUGUCCUGAAGAAGAAGUUGAAGCCUGUUGUCCGCUCCUUCUACCACCGCACGGCCUUCCAGCUCCCCGCCGACGCGCGUGUGCGCAUUUCCCUCGACACGGAGCUGACCAUGAUCCGCGAAGAUAAUCUGGAUGGUGUCCAGCGGUCUGGUGACAACUGGCGGCGCACCGACAUUGGCAUCGAUUGGCCGUUCCCCCAGCUUCCACCCAGUGACAUCUGUCGCUUCCCGUACGCCGUUCUCGAAGUCAAGUUGCAGACACAGCUCGGCCAGGAACCGCCCGAGUGGGUCCGCCAGCUCAUCUCCAGUCACUUGGUGGAAGCCGUGCCCAAGUUCUCCAAGUUCAUCCACGGCACCGCCAGCCUCUUCCCCGAUCGCAUCCACCUCCUUCCCUACUGGUUCCCCCAGAUGGACGUGGACAUCCGCAAGCCGCCCACGCACGACUUUGGCAUCAAGCGCCUCGAAAGCUCGACCAGGACCAGCACCACCGACGUCGACGAAGACGACGAUGAGGAUUCCGACGAUGAGAACGUGACCGGCAGCCAGGACGGUCAAAACGGCGAGGCCAGCGCUCAAGGCUUGGCUAGAAACCGGCGGGCUCGUGGCGGUGUUGCCGCUACUGACAUUGAAGACCAGACGGUUGACCAGGCUUCCAACGAGAAUACCUACUUGUACGACUCGGAGGACGAACCCGAUGAAGACAGGCUCGAGGAGGCGAGGAGAGUCGGCGGCUGGACUUACUACUCGACUCUUUUGCAGACGCGCGCGAACGCCGCGGCGAGGGUGACGUGGUCAGUUCUCAAGGCGCUGGUGCCCAGGCCCAGAGCAUCGCAAGUACCUAGAAACGCGAACUUGGAGAGUUUGUUGGGUUCGGGAGAGAUUCAUCAAAAGAGAAUCAAGGCGCCCAAGGGCAAGAAGAUUUAUGUGCCUGUGAGGGUGGAGCCCAAGGUGUAUUUUGCAGCCGAGAGGACCUUUUUGGGAUGGCUCGAAUACUCCAUCUACAUCGGCACCAUUGCCGUCACCUUGCUCAACUUUGGCGCCAGCGACAAGGGCGGUCGCGGAAGCUCCAUCAUUGCCGCCGGCGUGUUCACCCUCUUGGCCUUCCUCUCGCUGUGGUACGCCGUGGUGAUUUACCUCUACCGCAGCCACGCCAUCAGGACGAGAAAGGCGGCGAGGUACUAUGAUAAGUGGGGACCGAGCAUUCUCUGCGCGGCGCUGUUUGUGGCGGUCGUGUUGAACUUUGUGUAUGAGGGGAAGGGCAGAGGGGUUUGGUGA